UUGAAUUGUGAAUGAUAUUUAUUAUUAUUUACUUGAGUUCUUUCUCCAAUAUAACUUGCAACAUCCGCCUCCUGUUCGUACAUCUACCUACUUCCUCCUCUUUUUAUCUUGUCCGUGUGCAGGGUUUACAUGCGAAUAGACUUCAUUCUCUUUUAUUUUAUACUAAGCCGUAGCCUCAAAUAUAUCUCGAGUUAGCUUCAUUCCCCCCACUGAAAAGGAGCUAUAACUUUCGCCCCAUCCCAUACAGAGUCAACAAAAUUCUACCCUCCGUCAUCAUCCGUUCCAAUCUACUCUUGUUUCCCUCUGCGGAUGUGUACAGAGACGUGAAAUCUGACUCCUUUGGUUUCGAGUGCAGACGAUUGCAAUAACGACAGAGUAGACAUCUUGCUUCUGCUUGUCUGCCAUGAGUUCAUUUCAAUAACCAUUGAGAGUGUUCAUCCUGUCUUUUCAAAGGUGCGGUCGUCCGCUGUGGCGGGUGCUUGCUCAAAACCCUCAAAAUUGUCGAUGGCUCUCAGGUAGCAUUUCCUUGGGCCGGGUGGCCACUCGCACUUGGUCGAGGCAAAACGAGACAUACUGGUGGCCAAGGCGGAAAGAAGGAUUUUAUGCCAGCUUGUCAUGCGUCUGGGGUUCAGAGAGACACCCCACCACCAGCGGACCUUUUAGGAGUUAUGGGAAUAGUAGCAAUGGAGUCAAUGCAAGCGACGGGUGGUCAGACAACGAUAUCACGAAUCAAGAAGGCAGACCCGGACAUAUUAUACCCAAUGAUCCUGCAUAUGCUAUGGAUAUACUCCUGCAGGAUGAACAGGAACUGGACUCGUGCAGCGAGGAAGAAAAUAAUGCAUCAUUGGUCGAAUCUGCCGGCUCGGAUGGCUGUUUGAGAUGGGAGGCUGACAUGAAAUUGUCGCCAGGAGUGCCACAGAGUAAGUUUGACACAGGAGAGCUUGCGAAUCCUCAUGUCUCUGAGCUUGGCUUUGAAAGCUCGUCUUCUUCAUACUAUCCAAUCACAGAUAUGGAAUUGACCGAUCAGGAGUCAGCUGCAAUGCCUUCUUACCACAAUGGCCAAGAAACCCUGCAGCCAAUUCAACAAGCCAACGUUCAUUACAAAUUACCAUCUCAAUAUUCAACUCACCGAGAAGACAGGUCGAUAUCACGUACCAUCCAUGUCCUAGGGACAGGGCCUAUUGGGCAAUUCAUUGCAUAUAACCUUGCUGAAAUGGACUGUCCGCCGCCUAUUACUUUACUGAUGCAUCGACCACUUUUAAUCCAACAAUGGCAUCACAGUCAACAAGUCCUGAGAGUAUUCAAGGAUGGAAUCAUAAGGGAGCAGUCAGGUUUUAAUGUUGAAUUAUCCGCAAGUUUCAAUAUUCCUGGGCCUGAGUCAGAAACCGGUACCACUGGGCACAGAUUUGGAUAUACUGAGGAUGUGAUAGACAACCUGGUCAUUACUACGAACGGGGACAAAACGGUGGCGGCACUCAUGUCAAUAAAGCAUCGUCUUCGUCCUAAUUCAACGAUAUGUUUUGUGCAACAUGGAGCAGGUGUUAUCGAGGAUGUUAACAAACAUGUUUUCCCGAAUUUGCCAGAUCGUCCUCAUUACAUGCUUGGAAAUUUGUCUCAUGGAUUGUUUGCAACGGACCAACUAUGGACCGUGGCUCAAACUACGCAGGGACAGCUUAAGCUUACCAUUCCCACAACUGACACCAAUGCCUCCGCCGAUGGACUAUUGUCUGAAAGUACAGAUAGGAAGCUCUUGAACAACUGGGCCCCAUCCUCAAGAUACAUGUUAAUGGCACUAAGUCGAUCUCCUCAACUUGAAGCCAUAGGCUUAAACUACCCUGAGUUCAUGAAAUUUCAUCUCGAAUACAUAGCCGUCAAUUCCGUCAUUGGGCCGUUGUCUGUCAUCUUCGAUUGCUCAAACGACCACCUCUUAUACAAUUUCCAAGCGAGUCAGACGAUGAAUUUCCUUUUAAAUGAGAUUUCGCAAGUUUUGAAAAAUCUUCCGGAGCUUGCGACGGUCGCAAACGUUAAUAAACGUUUUGGAAACCGCAGGCUAACAAGCAUGGUAUUAUCUGUGCUUGCUCGCAGCGGGGAAAAUGUGACAUCUAUGUUACACAACGUUAGAAAGGGAAUGAAAACGGACAUUGACUUUUACAAUGGCUACCUCGCUCGACGAGCUAAAGAGCUGGAGAUUCCCUUUACCUCAAAUGAGCUAGUUAUAAGUAUGGUGAAAGCAAAACAAGCUAUGAAAUCCAGGGAAAUGAAUUCACAUAUACCCGUGGUUGAUCGGAGAUAGAUGGGAUGUUAGGCAUGAUGGAACAGGAACGGUGGGCGUGGGCUUGGUCAUGUAUUACUGUGUACGAAUGUAUGUUUAUGUUAGAAUUAGCAGCACCUGUAUAGUACGUCUUAGGAAUCUGAUAUGUCUGAGCCACCUACCAAAGUGACACUGCAAAGUAUAGAUUAUAG